CUCCACUAGAGCAGCUGGAAUUCAAGAUGGCGAUGCUGUCAACAUACCGUGUUCUUCUACUGGUGCUGUUGUUUUCCAAAACUGAGGCUUUCGUUCAUCCUCGACCAGCUGUUGUCAACGAGUGGUCUGCAAGAAUAGGUUUAUGGCUAACUGAACACAUACUGAACAAUGCCAGCGGAAUUGAAUAUUUAACUGAGAGGUACAAGAGUGAGAAUAUACCACUAGUGCCUGUACAUGGCGAGCAAAUUGUGACUGAGAUUGCCGAUAAUUGGGAGAAUUUGCUGGGGAAGAAAAUGACAGCACUUGAGCAUCUAGUUAGACACCUUGAAGAAGAAUGUUUAGUAUACAAAUAUGACCCAGAUAUCACACCGGAUGAUGUGGAGUACCAUCCAGCUAAAAAUGUUGAUUUAACGUUGGCUAAUAGCACCAAAUUUGGUCAGCCAGUGAACACAACAGCUAGUGUAGUUCAUAUACCAACAGACAUAUUUACAGGAGAUCCCAGGAUUUUGAAUGGAAUAAAAUGGACUAGUAAAUUGGACGAAGUGUAUAUUAGUAAUUACAAAGAAGAUCCCAGCUUGAUAUGGCAGUAUUUUGGCAGUGCCGAGGGAUACAUGAGAACUUAUCCAGCCCACAAUUGGAGUUUAGGCCCUCUAAUGAUAGAUGAGUACGAUGUAAGGAGGCGUACUUGGUAUAUUCAAGCUGCAGCAUCUCCCAAAGACAUGAUGAUUUUAAUUGAUGUGAGUGGCAGUGUACAUGGAUUGGUUCUUGAGCUUAUUAAAGCAUCAGCUGUUUCUUUAAUCGACACAUUGGGAGAAAAUGAUUUUGUAAACAUUGCAUCAUUUAAUGAAAGGGCUAGAUUUGUGAGCUGUUUUGAAACAUUUGUGCAAGCCAAUGAGAGGAAUAAAAAUGUCAUGAAAGAUAAAAUAAGAUUAUUGGUAGAUAAUGGUAUUGCCAGCUUCGACAUAGGUUUCACAUUUGCAUUUGAACAGUUUAAGAAAUUUAAAGAAACAUCAGCAUUUCAAGAAGAAAAUCAAGGUGCCAACUGUAGUCAAGUCAUCAUGCUUCUCACUGAUGGUGGUGAGCAGAGAGCUGAGGAAGUAUUCCGGAAUUAUAACCUUCCUAUUGAAACCCGCGUAUUCACGUAUGUUGUUGGACCACAAGUAACUUCGUCCGGUGGCGUCAAGUAUAUGGCUUGUGAAAAUGAAGGUUAUUUUAGUCGGAUACCUGCUGUUGGUGCUAUCAGACUUAACACACUGAAUUAUGUGAGAGUUUUGAGUCGUCCCAUGGCCUUGGAACGUGCCAGAGUUUAUCAAUGGUCUAAUAUCUAUCUUGAUGCUAUGGGUCUUGGAAUGAUGACAACUGUCACAUUGCCAGUGUACAACAGAACAACACCUGAAAAUCAACAGUUACUUGGUGUGACUGGUACUGAUGUCACCAUAGCUGACAUGGAGGAGCUUAUUCCUGAGUACAAGCUUGGACCUGCUAGUUAUGCGUUUGGUAUUAAUACAAAUGGAUAUAUUCUGAUCCAUCCUCGGCUCAAGGGACAGUUAGGUUACCUGAUAGAACCACCAAAUGUUGAUCUGUUAGAAGUUGAAUUGCCGACAGCAGAAAAAGAGCAGUUGAGAAAAGCUAUGAUUGAUGGCAAAAAUGGGACCAUUGUUACAGAAACCCUUCAUAGAAAUACAAAUGAGUUGUUAUUUGAGAGAUAUGUAUUUUUAAUAAAUAUGACCUACUGGUAUCGCUUUAUAAACAGUACAUCAUUCAGUAUGGCCAUUGCUCUUCCAUCAUUCAAUUUAUGGAGUAUGGAUUUAAAUAAUAGAAGUUUUAAUGAGUUUCAGACAAAAGAUCAGUUACACUCAGAUGACUGUUAUAUUCUUAUAGCACCGUGGAUGUUCUGUCCAGAUCAGAAACACAAUGCAACAGCUGAAGUAGUAGAUUCAUUCAUAUCUGAUUUUUUAGAAAAUCAUAAUAACUCAGAUUGUGACCAUGAGAUGUUAACAAGACUAUUGAUUGAUCUUUAUGCCACUGAAGAUUUGGAGCAGAAUUACUGGGUUGCUAAGUUCCCUGGGCAAGGAAAUGAUUCACUGGCAUCAUUGAUAGAGCUUGGUGUUGAGUCACUAAUUGUUGGUACUAUGGGUGGCCUCACAAGGAUAUACCCUAAAACAGUUGCCCUUGAAUUGAGUGAUGUGGAGUUGGAUAACCUACGUGAUCCAUGGAAGCAAGAUUAUUAUGAAAGAGCUUUGUAUAUCAAUGAUUAUGUUAUAUCAGUACCCCAUAAUAGUGGACGUAACAGAGACGACAAUUAUACGACAGUCGUCAGUGCCAGUAAAGCAGUGCGCUUAGAAAAAGAUGUCAUGCCAGCUGUGAUCAAAGUUACAUUACAACAAGAAUUUUUCAAUAUGGGCUGGAAAGAACAAACUGAUAAGCAUUUAAAUUGCUAUUUAUUGGACAAUGGUGGUUUUGUUGUUGCUAGCAACCAAGAGGAACAUGUUUCAUAUGUAAGUGCAAUAAUGGAUUGUGGCAUUGCAUAUGUUCACAAGUGUGCCUGUGUUUUGUUGUAUAGAUGUUUCUUUAAUCUAGUAAAUAUAUUUACCGGUAUUUUAUUUUUCCUCUAA